AAUCCUAUCUAGCCGUCGUUGCAUGUUGCAUAUUCAGCUUUCUCCUGUUUUGCAUAUGCAUCUCGCUGUCAUUUACCGGCUGACCAAAAUCACUGUUCUCUCGACUUUCAGCCAGGUUAAAGAAUUCUGGAAUUAAACAAAUUGCAUAAAUCUAAUAUCUACUGAAUAAUCAAUAAGCAUCAAUUCGCUAAACCGUAUUAUGUGAGUUUUUGCACAUUGACUUUAUUAAUACUGUGUGAGUGUUUGAAAAGUCAUCAACCCUAAAUUUUCAUUUAUACAUUUUCUAAAAAAUAAAUAAAAAUGCCAGCCAAGAACACAACGGAAUUGCUGAAGCAGUUACGUAGUCUUAUGAGGAAUGUGGAUGUCGUGAAGGAGCCAUUGGAAGCUUACAUUAUUGUUUCACAAGAUGCACAUUCGUCGGAAUACAUUGCUGACUGUGAUAAUCGGAGAGCGUUCAUUAGUGGAUUUGAUGGUUCUGCUGGAACUGCAGUUAUUACUCAAUCACAAGCGGUUUUAUACACGGAUGGACGGUAUUACCUGCAAGCUGCCGAACAACUUGACAAGAAUUGGACGCUGAUGAAGCAAGGACUACCUGAAACACCUUCGUCAGCAGAAUGGCUUGCAAAAACCUUAAAAAAGGGUUCUUUAGUUGGGGUUGACCCAGCACUGUACUCGAAGGAUGAGUGGGAUGCAAUGGAAACCGAAUUGUCCUUUAGUGGUACAACUUUGAUUCCUGUAGCUCAAAAUUUGGUGGAUUUGAUUUGGAAAGAGAGGCCCCCACGGCCACUUAAUGAAGUUGUUCACCACCCAAUCGAAUUUUCUGGAAAAUUAACUAUUGACAAAUUGGAUGAUAUAAGGAAAGAAAUGACAGAUUCAGGCUCAGAUCUGCUCGUGAUUACCGAGCUAGAUGAAGUGGCAUGGCUCUUAAACUUGAGAGGCUCAGACAUCCCCUAUAAUCCGGUGUUCUUUGUUUAUGUCAUUGUUUCUCCUUCGAUGUUGCAUAUCUUUAUUGAUCCUCGUAAAGUGAAUAAUGAAAUUCGUUCGAGUAUCACGUCCGAGCUUAACAACAAUGUCGAAUUUCAUUCAUAUGAAUGCGUAGUUGAUAAGCUUAAAGAAUUGGCAUGUCAGGCACAAGGGAAAGUGUGGAUGAAUAAAAAAUGCAAUUAUGCACUUGCCAGUCUUGUGCCAAAGGAUCGACUAUUGAUUAAACUGACACCGAUAUCUGUUAUGAAAGCUAUGAAAAACCCAAUCGAAGUGCAAGGAAUGAUAAAUGCUCACAUUAGGGAUGGAGCUGCUGUGUGCCACUUUUUGGCGUGGCUGGAAGAAUCACUUAAAUCUGGAGCCGAAGUCACUGAAGUAUCUGCUGCAACAAAGCUGGAAUCUUUCCGAGCACGAGAGAAACAUUUCAUUGGCCUAAGUUUCCCUACUAUUUCUGGAAGCGGUCCAAAUGGUGCUAUAAUUCAUUAUAAUCCAGAUUCUGCACCAGUCAGUAGACAGUUGUCACUGAAUGAUGUCUAUUUAGUGGACUCAGGAGGCCAAUAUAAGGAUGGCACAACAGAUAUCACGCGCACCGUGCAUCACGGAAAUCCAACAGCUUAUCAAAAAGAGUGCUAUACGUUGGUUCUGAAGGGUCAGAUUGCUCUAGCAUUAUCAGUCUUUCCACAAAAGACAACAGGAAAGUUUUUGGACUCCUUUGCGAGGCAGAAUUUAUGGCAGCAAGGAUUGGACUAUUUGCAUGGCACCGGUCAUGGUGUUGGAUCGUAUCUGAACGUUCACGAAGGUCCGUGCAGCAUUUCAUUCAAGCAUUCAGUGGAUGACCCAGGUUUACGUGAGAACAUGUUCUUGUCCAACGAACCCGGAUAUUAUGAAGAAGGUCAAUUCGGUAUUCGGCUAGAAAAUAUCAUACGCGUGGUGGAAGCAAAGACCAAGUACAACUUUUUCAAUCGUGGAUAUUUGAAAUUUGAAGAUGUAACAUUUGUUCCAAUUCACCAAGCAAUGAUUGAAACAAAGAUGCUGACUACUAUUGAGAUUGAAUACUUGAACGAUUUCCAUAUGAAAUGUCGCAAGCUUGUCGGGGAACACAUGCUAGCAACAGGAAGUUCGACUAGUGAUCCAGGAUUCAAAUGGCUGCAAAGAGAAACUGAACCUAUCAAUUUGUAAACAACUCACCAACCGAGAUAAACUGUAAUUAAUCGAAAAAAGUAUAAUUUUAUUGGUUUCAUUUAUAACGUAAACUUGGAUGAUGGAUUAAUUUGUAAGUGAUUUGUACAAGUGAUUAUUUCAUUAAAGCCAGGUAAAUCGUCA